AUGGAAAGAGAUGAAGUAGUUAAAAUUAAGAUCAUCCCUCCAUCUGGCUGUGGGAAGAAAAUCUAUGAAAUUGAUCCACUUUUGCUCACUCACCGCGACCAUCUUGAUUUCUGUUUCGGACGAUACUUGAGAUUGCGAGAGGAUAUCGACAAGCAUGAAGGUGGCCUAGAUCCAUUUUCUCGCGGCCAUGAAAAUUUUGGCUUUAGGCAGAGUAUCACAGGAAUUACUUAUAGAGAAUGGGCACCAGGAGCUAAGUCAGCAGCAUUAAUUGGAGACUUCAACAAUUGGAAUCCAAAUGCCGCUGUAAUGACUCCGAAUGAAUUUGGUGUGUGGGAGAUCUUCUUGCCAAACAAUGCAGAUGGUUCGCCACCAAUUCCUCAUGGAUCUCGAGUCAAGGUAUGCUUAUGCAGAUGGUUCGCCACCAAUUCCUCAUGACAUCGAAGCACCAAUAUAUAUCGUGAAAAAAUGAACAGGAAGAAGUGUAUGAAAGAAGAAGGAGAAGA